AUGAAUCCUUUCUUGUGUGUCAUCAUUCUGCUCCGCCUUUCCGUGGCCACCGCCGUCAACUUCACUCAAGUCUACAAGUGGAAUGAAUUGGAUUACGAGUGGCCGUUGGAAGGAAAAAGGGUACAGGCCUUGAAUGAUGGGACUUUCAAACCGGAGAAUAUUGAACCUCUUUACAUGGCUGUCUACGGAACGAGGAUCUUCCUCAGCCUUGAAAAACAUAUUGGCAUUCCGGUGACUUUGGUGUCUUUGCCGACGAGCAGUGCGUCUUCUGCACCCACGAAGCUCACUCCAUUUCCUUCGUGGGACACACAUAAAUAUGGAAACUGCGACAAAAUUGAAAAAGCAAAAGGGCUGGAAGUAGAUGUAGUCGGAAAGCUGUGGGUGCUGGACAGCGGUAGCGAUCAUUGCAAUUCAAAAAUAUGGACUAUCGACUUGUCCAACAAAGAUCACACCAAACUAAUUCAUCGGUUUCCUUUCCACUAUUUGAUGCACGACAUGGUCAUUGAUGAAACACCCAAUGGAACCUUCGCCUUCAUCUCGCGCAUGGGUGAACAAAACAUUGUCGUGUUUAGUUUGGAGAAAAAUCAAUCUUGGGUUUUGGACACGAAAGCAGUCAAAGUUUUAUCCAUUGCUCUGUCCCCUAAGAAUCAGGAACCGAGACAGCUCUACCUUAGCAAAUACGACUCGAAUGAACUGUAUUCAAUUUCCGUCGCCACACUUCGAAACGGAGUUGGAACUGAAUACCGGAAACUAAUCGGAAAAUGGACAGCCAAUAAGCCGCAUAGAAUGCUGAUGGACAACCGCGGGACCAUGUAUGCCGCCUUUUCAGGGGAAAGGUACAUAUCCUCGUUUGACGCUUCCCAGCCAUUCCAUGAGCAACGUUUUUAUGAGGCUGGACACAUUAUUUCUAGUUUUGCAUUGGACUCUAGAGGCACCUUUUGGAUGACUCAAUUUAGUUCGGCAGGAACCAAGUACAAGUACUUCCUUCUAAAGGCUGCAGUCGGUGCGAAGCCAUACCACAUCAGUGAUUCUCGGACGACAGAUGUGGUUAAAUACUCAUCAACAGAUGUCUCCACUGUUCCCUCUUCCCCUGUUACACUCAACUGUACAUGUGCAGAUCGGAAAACAAAAGAAUCUACAAACUCUGCAUUGAUCGGAUCGCUCGCCCUCUUCCUGGUCUUGAGCUGCAUCUUCAACCUGUGGCUCACCCUGAGGACGAGAAAAUUGCAAAAUUCCAACGAGCAGUACUACGCAGGCGCCGUGGAAUUGGAAAUGCCCGCCCUCCAGAAUCCUGUCUCUCCGGAAAUGGUGCACGAGGAAAUAGAAAAUGAUUUAUACGGCGUCCUCACGGCCCUGGCUUCUCGACCAAGGAUGUGA